AGUUGACGGUUGACGGGCCGAAAUUGUCAAACAGUCCAUUUCAGUUAUGUCAGAAACUAAAUAUUUUUUGUUUUUUAUUUAACAAAAGAUUUCAGGUCAUUCAAAUAUUCUUCCAUUGAAUACUAGGACAUGUCUGAAGCGACUUCUAAAAAAAUAGAUGAAUUACUUUACCGAAUUAAAAACGAAGGAAGUCCCUCUAAUUUAGGUAUGAGUCGCUCUGGUACCGGGGGCCUACCCACUAGUCGGAGAGGUUUAUCUCUGGGACUAAAUAGCAACAAUGGAAGCCCUGUUAUGACUAGACCAAGAAAUCUGAAUUUUAGUACUCGACAAAAUGAUGAUUUAGAAACAGAAAAAAAACUCAAAGAAAUAAUGCAAAUUAGUGGUGAUUUAACAAUAGAUGGAGAAUUGUACAAAACUGAUAUAAAGGAUAUGGAACAUAUAGAAGAAUUGGGAAAUGGUACAUGUGGUCAUGUAGUAAAAAUGAGGCAUAAACCUAGUAGAAGUAUUAUAGCAGUUAAGCAAAUGAGACGGUCUGGUAAUAGUGAUGAAAAUAAGAGGAUUAUAAUGGACAUAGAAGUAGUCUUAAAGUCACAUGACUGUAAAUAUAUAGUUCAAUGUUUAGGAUGUUUCAUAACAGAUUCUGAAGUCUGGAUCUGUAUGGAACUCAUGGAUACUUGCUUUGAUAAAUUGUUAAAGAGGUUUAAAGAACCAAUUCCAGAAGAAGUAUUAGGAAAAGUAACAGUUGCUACUGUGGAAGCUUUAUCGUAUUUGAAAGACAAACACGAUGUUAUGCAUAGAGAUGUAAAACCGUCAAAUAUUUUAUUAGAUACGAAAGGUAACGUAAAACUCUGUGAUUUUGGUAUCAGUGGAAGGCUAGUAGAUUCCAUGGCAAAAACAAGAAGUGCCGGAUGUGCGGCAUAUAUGGCUCCUGAACGAAUCGAGCCACCCGAUCCUAAAAAUCCCGAUUAUGAUGUUAGAGCAGAUGUUUGGUCCCUCGGCAUUACCCUCGUAGAAAUGGCGACGGGAGUGUUCCCGUAUCAAGAUUGCAAGACUGAUUUUGAAAUGCUUAGCAAAGUAAUAGGACAGGCACCGCCAAGUCUACCGACUGAUAAAGAAUUUUCUCCUGAAUUUAGAGACUUUGUAGCUUGUUGUUUAAUAAAAGAUCAUAAACAAAGGCCCAAAUACACAUUAUUGAAGAAUCAUCCAUUUAUGAAAAAAUACGAAGAAAUAAAUAAUGUGAAUGUAGGCGAGUGGUAUGUAAAAUUGAUCAAACAAUCAGAAGAAAUGACAUACAGAGCGUCGCCUAGACAAAAUUCUACAACCCACUCAAUUCGUCAGUUUUUCACCGGUCGUCAACCUUCACAAAUUCAACUACCUCCUUCAACCGUAAAUUCACACGGCGUAUCGAAUGGAAAAAUUUCACCUCCUAGUCAUACAAGGCCCGCAUCAUCUCCAUCGGAUAAAAAAGUUCCUCAUAUGUCUCGGUACAAUUAUUUUAGAAGAGAAAAUCCUUCGCAAGAAUCAUUGGUUCAAUCAUCCAAAAAUGAUACCCCUUUUCAACUGAACAAAAAUAACGUAGAAUCAAUGAAAGAACAACUCGAAAAUAAAUUGGAGCAGACGAAUGCAGGAUCUCCAUUAGUCUUAUCUUCUAAUACCCGUCGACUUUUGGAAAGUUCUUCAAGUUCAUCAAAUGCUCCUUAUCGACAUCGAAGGGUAGCCAGUGAAACGAGAUGGCGUUCUCCUAGUGCUUCACCUCUUCCGCUCAGAACACAAUUUCAAGUGGAAGAGCCACAUUACAACUGCGGAAAUACUAGUCCUAUAAUACUCCAGAGAUUUUAUCACCAACAAAAACAGCAACAAAUGUUCAGGGAGGCUGAAGAAUCAGGAAAGAAACGUUUCGCCUCUUACAUAAAAUUGCAACUUGGUGGAGACCGUAGCGGUAGAUCCUCAAGGCACCAAAGUCCAGAACCCCCUCCUCGGCUUAAUAGGCACCCUAAUGCUGAUAACCAAAGUCCCUUAACACUACGUAGAAAUUUCUUAGAAAAUAAUUCUCUUAAUUCUCCUAGUCUAUCACGAAGGUACGUAUCACCAACACCACCGGUGCCUCCUCCUCGGAGGCUUUCAGAGAGUUCUUCAGUACCUGGAUCCCCUCAACACUUACGUGCACGCUUCCACUACACUCCCGAGCCACAAAGAAGGCCUUUCAAAAAUGAUGAAGUCUCAUAACAGUAAACUAAUUCGCCUCCAAGAAAGGAGGAACAUCAUAGGAAACUGUUUCAUUGAAAUUUCGGCUAAUACACAAAAAAGAAUAUUAUUUUUAAGGGGAUAAUAAUUUUGGUUAGUAUCAGUGUAAAAUCUGGAACCAAAAACCUGAUAGGAGUACAUUAGGAAUCAGCGUGUACUCCUUAUCUUUAAUUUAUGAGAAUAUCUUUUCAAAAAGUCAAAAUAUACUGUAAAUCGCAUUUUUAUUAUACGUAACAUUAGUAAUAUCAAUUCCAAAGAUACAAACCUCACGCGCUUCAAAUAGAAAAAUAAAAAUUAUUCUCCAAUUUUUCAAUACAAAAGCUUAGGUGCUUCAGAAUGAAUAGCAGGGAUUUAAAUCAUGAUAUUUAUUGCAUUAAACUAAAACUUAUAAUUAAUACAACGAAUGAAAGAGCAACUCGAACAUUUCUCAUGAAACCUACAAGUAUUUAAUAAGAGCACACUGUCAUAUUGAUUUCAUCACAUUGUUGUGUCAAAAUGGAUAAACAACAGUUUUUUUCUUUUGGCGCUUGUUUCAACACUAUAAUGACUAUUUCGGGAUUUCUAGGGGAAUUGAAAACCGGGAAAAAACUGGAAUUUCGCAGUGCCGGGAAUUUUCAGUAAUUUUGAAUGAGCCAACCAGACGUAGCAAUUUGGUGUUGAUGUCGUUCAAAAACCUUUCGACUAAUCUCAAAAAUAGCGUCAUCCAAUUGAAAAUUUGUUCAAAGACAAAGACUUCCAAAAGAGAAAUGUUUUAAAACCGUGGAAAAGUCUUUGGAUAAUAAACUACUAUUGGCUAAACUGGCAUUCUUUCAGUCUUUAUCCGAACCAUGCCUUAAAAAUUUACAAAGUGAAUGGCCCCUAAUCCAUUUAUUUAUGGAGACCGAAAUUCUUCAAAGAGCUCCUAUUUAUAAAGUAGACAUUUUCAAUAAAGAUUCCAAAGGUUUAUUCCGCAACCUCAAAAAAUAUAUCGAUUUGGAGUAUGACACAAGAGAAAAAAUGCAUUGGAGACAAAGAUAAAGACAUAUUGAUCUUUCGAAAGGAUUGUAAAAACUGUUUGAUAUAUACGGUUUCCAACCUUUUGGGAAAAAUGCCUUUAAUAUUCAAAUUAACUAAAACAAUAAGUUUCCUUAAUCUGAAUGAGACUCGCAACGAUCCAGAACAAUCCGUGCAACUGAUAUCUGAAGUAUUUUACAUUUUGUUGACUGCAAACAGAUUCAACGCCAAUACAAUGGAAGAAUCUGAUCCCUCUAAAUAAGAUGAAAAACUAUUCCAGAUAUGAUAGAGUAUAGAGCUAUUGUAGACAUCCUAACUGUUGAAUAUUAUCGGCGCUUGUACCCCACAUUUGAAUUCUACAUACCAGUAAAUGAUGCUUAGUUUCCCUUUUCACUAUAAUACAAGUUUUUACUUCAGUAGUUCGUUUUCCGGUUAAAAAUAAUGCUUAUCAACACACGAAACAAUUUUUUUCUUCAGUAUUUGAAAAAUUCGGGCGUUGUUCACUAUUAGAAAAAAUUAACUCAAAAUUUGAUAGCUUUCGUCUGAAAAAUGGUGCUUCGAGGAUAAAUAAUAAAAAAUCUAAUCUCUAUCUGCCCGACCAGUCAAAAAGAUUGAGAUCUGGUAAUCUUGGUGGCUAUUCAAUUACACCUAUCCAUCUUUCUAGACAUAUAAAAUUGAGAUACUCCCGAACGGAUCUUGUGAAAUAAAUAGGUGCACCAUCUUAUUGAAUGUGACAUUAGCAUCUACAGGAUGAGUAGACUAAAGCAAGUUGCGGCACUAAGUCUUUAUUGGAAGUCAAAUAUUAUCUAUCCUAUAACUUGAUUUCCGACAAACCUUGCCCAAACAUUAACUAUGCGUACGAGUGUGGUCUUUUUUAUUUCAGCGUGAAUACUCAUCUCUUGAAGACUGAUAAUUUUGUCGCUUAACUUUACCAUUUAACAUAAACGUAGAUUCUUUGUACAUCUGACUGUAUGUUGUGUGUAGUUGAUCCAUAUUUUCUUCACAAAACUGCAGUCUUAUAUCAAGAUCAUCUUUCAAUAAGUCCUGGAAGAAUAUAAGUUUGUCGGGAUGCAAUUUUAUGUUCUUUAAGAGAUAUCAAGAUUUUAUUGAAACAAUAGUAGUAUAUUUGUUUUGAUAUCUUCACUUUGGGCAGUUUGUUGGUGAGUAAUUAACACUCUUGCAAUUUGUAAAAAUUAAAACAAAUAUGACGUCAUAUUUCUAAGUUGGGAAACUCUGUAUACAUUAUAAUCUUAUUUAAAAAAUUGCGGUUGGAAUUACUGGGAUUAUUUAAAAAAAUGAUAUAAACCUAUUGAAUUUAUUCCCAAUUACAGACUCAUAGUGUAUGUUCGAGAUGAAUUAAAAAAAUGAAGUUUGCAUUUAAUAUGCGAUUCAGUCUGUAUAUAUCUAAUUUUGUGAAAUUAUUUUGAUGAAAGUUGAUUCAGUGUAAUUUUUGUAAAAAUCAUUUUUAUUUCUCUAUUUGUAUCAUACUAAAAGGAGGGACGUCAAUUUAUAAUGAAAACCCUGGUACAAACAUACAUUAUAAAUGGUGCUUUUUUGGACUCUGGCAGCAUUUUGCGAGAUUAUCAUAUUUUUCUAAUUAUGCAAAGUAAUAGAAUUAACUUCAAGGGGGCAAAAAAGACCUUCUUGGAAAAUAAAUUUUAGGAUAGAUUUUUUAAUAUUCUCAGCACAUUUUCCUCGUCGACAACUUCAAAGGUAGUUUUUGAUUUUCUCGCAAAUAAUUUUCUAUAAAAUUUUGGUUAUUCAUUUGGUGCAAAACGUUGGUUGAUAAUGAGAGUAUAGUUCGGAUUUUAUUAUAAUAUUUAAAUUGACAUUAAAGUGAUAGUUAAUAUAAAGUAGUGAUUUUUUUGUUGUAAUCAAUAAUGUGAAUAUUGAGAGUUUGUAAAUUUACUCCUUGCUAAACUGAAUUCUGAUCAUGAACUUUUUAUUUUAUUUAUUCUAUUUAAUUUCGUUCGUUAUCUAAAGUUCCGAAAAGGCUGACUGACUGUUAAUGACCUUUUGUUUUUGUUACUUAUUUUGUUACUGUUACUUAAUUAUAUUUUUGUCAUAUCUACUAAAUAUCUGGUAUGUUCAAAUAGAUUUUGUGAAAGAUUUAUAUCUUCAGGAGAAGGGAGAUUUAAAUACUUUUCUAAUUUACUAUUGAAAUACACAAUGUUUCUCAAUUGUUUAACCAAUAAAUAUCAAUAAAAUGUAAGGAAGUA